AUGUGCCAUUAUCGCUCAUCUUUCCACCUCUCUAGUCAAGAUCCACUGAGAACUAUGGGCGCGUCAUCCUCCAAAUCCGUUCGAAAACUACCUACCACCACCCCCUCACGUCCUACUCCCGCUUGGGCCGGCGCAAGGACCACAAUCCCUCGACCAGAAGAGCUAGAUGCCGCACCUCCGACAUCACCAUCGGAGCAUGAAGGCUCGCAGGGUUCGGCGUUCACCCAGCCGAAGGAUAUGUCUGGACUAGGGAGGAACAGGGGCUCGGCGCUAGAGUACGGAUUGGCGGAUCAGGGGGCAGAGCCGGGGUCGACGGGCAAGUCGAAGCCUGGGUUCAGUGGGGAGAAGGACAGCGAGGUGCUUCGAGAUGGGAGAGAUCCGCAGUUCAUGUCAAACCUCUCGAGACUUGGUCAAGUAAGAAUACACGAUGCCGGUCGAUUUGUCGAAACCCCCGCCCUAGCUCAACGCACCCUCUCCUCCCGCACCUCCCUCCUGACAACCCCCACCCAGCUCCCGCCUCCAGGCCACCUCACCCCCCCACUCCUCUCGUCCCUGCUUGACAAGCUCAAAUCCCUACCGCCUGGCGGGGACCCGGCACCACUGUACGCAGAGUACAGUAUGGACGCCAAGACGAUGGAAGGCGUUCGGCGAUGGGUCAAUAGUCCGAGUAUCGGGGAGGAGGACGUCGAGAUUAAGGAUGGGGAGAGGGUGGUGGAGCUCAGAGCAGUGUGGGUCGAUGGAGGGGAUAUGAAGGGGAAGCGGAUAGCUGCUUGA